CAGCAGCACAGCCGACAGCCACUGGAAGAGGGAGUCGCAACAGAUGCGCGCUCGCUGAGAUCCUUGCGCGCCCCAGGCCUGACUCGCUGCUGGUGGCAGCGGCGCCGAACAGACGACGACCACUGCACUCUCCCCCGUCACCCGUCCAUGGACCUCAGCGGCCACUCUUCACGCCAACUCUAAUUUGGCGACAUCGACCGCCCGCCAUUCAACUGCUCGCCGUCUACAUAUACCUGCGCGCGCUCGUUCUGCCGUGCCUGGUCGCACACACUCUCCGCUACAUAUCAGAAGCAGCUACUCGACGCUGUGUGCGGUGUUGCGUGCAGGACAACGACAUUCGCCGCCAGGGUCCACAGCGGCGUUGUCUCAUUCUCCGGUCUGAGCUGCACUUCUUUGUUGGACUUCUCGACACAAACGACGGGACCUCGCUCCGUGGAGCGUCACGCUCUCUUGGAUUUCUUGCCACUUCAAGCUAGUCGCGAUACAGCUUCACCAUGGACCGGCACGAGGAGAAGCAAAUGAAGAUGGAAUACUCGCCCUCGGAGGAUUCGCCAGGCCUACCAGAAUAUGGCGAGCACAUGAAACACCGACCCAAAUGGACAGAAAGGUUCGUCGAAAGUUUCAAGCGCGAUCCGAAUGCACAUGCCACUCCAAGAGGGACAAUCGGCGCCGAUGGGCGGGUGUUCGACGUUGAGGGAGCAGCGGCAGGCACAGCGACUUCACCACUGCAGCGAAGUUUGAAGGGUCGUCACUUGCAAAUGAUCGCAAUUGGAGGUUCGAUUGGUACUGGUCUCUUCGUGGGUUCGGGCUCUUCCCUGGCAACGGGCGGUCCGGCUUCACUUCUGGUAUCAUUCUCACUUGUCGGAAUCAUGAUGUACUGCACAGUUCAUGCUCUGGGCGAAAUGGCCGUGCUUUUCCCGGUGUCUGGUUCCUUCUCUGCGUAUUCGACUCGCUUCAUCGACCCUGCCUGGGGGUUUGCGAUGGGUUGGAACUACGCCAUGCAAUGGCUCGUCGUUUUGCCAUUGGAGAUUGUGGCUGCUACCAUCACCAUUGAAUACUGGAGCGAUGGCAGCAUCAGCAACAAUGCCUGGGUCUCGAUCUUCCUGGUCAUGAUUGUCGUGAUCAAUCUUUUCGGCGUAAAAGGCUAUGGCGAAGCAGAGUUCGUUUUCGCCAUCAUCAAAGUCAUUGCCAUUGUGGGAUAUAUUCUCUUGGGAAUCAUCUUGAAUUGCGGUGGCGGCCCUGGCGGACCAGAAGCGGAAGCCCUGCUCCAAUACUCUGAUGCAUACGCAUUCGUGAACGAAGGAGGCUAUAUUGGCGGCACAUUCUGGCACCAUCCCGGACCCUUCAAGAAUGGCUUCAAGGGGCUUUGCUCUGUCUUCGUCACCGCGGCUUUCGCUUUCGCUGGUACGGAACUUGUCGGUUUGGCGGCUGCUGAAACGGAGAAUCCUAGGAAGUCCCUGCCAACGGCCGUCAAACAAGUCUUUUGGAGAAUUGCUCUUUUCUACCUGGUAUCAUUGACGAUUGUUGGACUCUUGGUACCCUACGAUGACAGACGACUUGUUAAUGGCAGUUCGAGUUACGAUGCGAAGGCUUCGCCCUUUGUCAUCUCCAUCGUCAACGCGGGCAUCAGCGGCUUGCCCUCUGUGUUCAACGUGGUCAUCAUGAUUGCUGUCCUCUCUGUUGGCAACUCUUCAAUAUAUGGAUCUUCGCGCACACUCGCUGCUUUGGCCGAUCAAAAUCAAGCCCCGAAGAUUCUUGGCUAUAUCGACCGCAAAGGCCGCCCCAUCGUGGCCAUUGGACUUGCCAGCGUUCUCGGUCUCCUCGCCUUCUUUGCAGGUUCUGACAAGCAGACCGAAGCUUUCAACUGGAUGUUGGCAUUAUCAGGCCUUUCCUCCAUCUUCACUUGGGGUAGUAUCUGUUUCGCCCACAUUCGGUUCCGCGCUGGUUGGAAACGCCAGGGCCACAGCCUCUCGGAGCUCGCUUUUACAUCACAGCCAGGUGUUGUCGGGUCAUGGAUCGGUUUCCUGUUCAAUGUACUGGUGCUCGCCACACAGUUCUGGACCGCAGCUUGGCCCGUCAAAUUCGGUGGCCAGACUACCAGUCAACGAGUCCAAGGCUUCUUCCUGUCCUACUUGGCUGCUCCUGUUGUCAUCAUCACCUACCUUGUCUACAAAAUAUGGAUGAGGACACCGAUAAUUCGGAGUCAUAACAUGGAUUUGCAUACCGGCAUCCGCGACCUCAACAUUGCCGAACUCAUCGACGAGGAAAGAGCCGAACGCGCAACAUGGCCGACUUGGAAACGAGUCUACAAGAUCUUUUGCUAAAGUUCACCAGCACAGACUUGGGCGUCUUGGAGGCAUUGUAUCAUAAUAUUUUGCGCAUCAUGGUUGUCCGGCGCAUAGGAUUUGUCUCGGUCUUUGCAUGAGUCAGAGGCUGGAUAUGCCUUUUGGGACAAGGUCUGGCACAUGAAAGGUUUUCCAUACAGGACGGGAAUUGAAUGAGAAAAGAAGCGAGACAGAUGCAUGGAGGCAAAGACCAGAGAUGGCAUGCGCGAUGGAGCGAUGAUAGAUUACGAGAGCGAUGAGCUGGAAUGACGUGUGAUACCC